GUCGACCAUCUUCCGUCAGGGCAAGACGGUGCUUGCGCUCUUCGAAGCAUUGGCAUCUGCGGAGGGCAGGGUGCAGUGGACCGACUUCCAAUCCCUGUUCCUGCAGCUGGAGCCAUCUUUAUCUGCCAGCGACCUGGAAUCCCUGUGGAAAGACUUCGACAAGGACGGCGAUGGUAGCAUCACCAAAGAAGAGUUCUUCGCCGCCAUGGAACCCUCAGUGCGACUGGUGGUGGCCAAACAGGCCGAGGUCAUCGCACGGAUGGCGUUGGCGCUGCAGCGGCAGAACCAGAACGUGGAUCAGCUCUUUAAUGCCUUAGCCACGGAACAGGGCGUGGUGUCCUGGCCGGACUUCCGCUCUCUCUUCCAGCAGUGGGAGCCAUCCCUCGGAGAAGAUGAUUUGCAGGGUCUCUGGCGUAGCUUUGACAAGGACGGUGAUGGAAGUGUCACAAGGGAAGAGUUUGUUAGCGCUUUGGCUCCUGCUACUCAAGCUGCUGCUGCCCACACCGAAGACGUUUGCAAACGCGUUGCGUCCAUGCUCUUCCAAAACGGUCGCACCGUGACGCAGCUCUUCGACGCCUUGUCUGCUGGCCAGGAGCAGGUGGCUUUCGAGGACUUCCGGAGCCUCUUUCAGCAACUUGAGCCUUCCUUGACCCUGCCAGAUUUGCAAGCUCUUUGGCGCUGCUUUGACAAGGACGGUGACGGCGGAGUGACACGCCAAGAGUUUUUGAAAGCCAUGGCGCCCUCCGCCAAGCUGGUGGUGCAGAAGGUGACGGACGUCUGCGGCCAAGUGACGCAGUUGCUGCAGCAACAAGGCAAGUCGGUGGAGCAGCUGUUCGACGCCCUGGCGGAAAAUCAGGUGGUUCGCUGGGAGGCCUUUUGCGCCUUUUUCCAGGGAGUAUCGUCAUCACUAUCCGAGCCUGAUUUGCAUGGCCUUUGGCACAGCUUUGAUAAGGACGGCGAUGGCACAGUGUCCAGGGAGGAGUUCGUUCAAGCUCUAGGUUUUGCAGCCCCUGCGGCCCCAGCUGUCCCCAGCGGCGCCUCGGAGCUCACCGAUGCACUGUGGCAGGCCAUAGCAGAGGUGGCUACAUUGCGUGCAGCUGCGGUUGGGCCCCGCGGGAGUGCGGCGCUCCAAGACGCCAUCCGCCAGCAGCUGGCGGCCUUUGAUAUCACGCGGACGGGAUUCUUGGACCCCAGCACCUUCAGUAAGGCCAUGCGCUCCUACAGUCCGGCCUUGCCAGAUCCCGUGGUGGAGGUGCUUCGAGGACAGGUAUGUCAAGCAGAUGGGAAGGUGCAGAUUGAUCAGUUGGUCACGAAAAUCCUGCAGCCGCCAGAGCCGCCCGCCCCUCGUGCAAGUCCAGCUCCUCCGAAGCCACCCUCUGAGGCUGGCGGCCCCUUGUGGAGCGCAUUGCGCAGGAUUCGGCCGGCCCUGCACGAGCGGAGUUUACGCUUGCCCACGGUCUUCCAGCGUGCAGCUGCACUGAUUGCUGUACUGCUGGGUCUCCAUUCCUUGAGCUUCAUCCCGCAGGUGAGCUCCAGAAAUGCCCUGAAUGGCCUGGCCACGUGGUUCACGGCCUUUGGAGCGCUUCCAAGCAUGGCGGUGACUGAGGGGUUUGAGGACUACAACAAGAUCGCCGUAAAAAAGGCCAAGGAGAUCCCUGCCCCCGGCGACGCGGCGGGGGACGGGCCGUCUGAGGCAGCCAGUGUCAUAGGCGGCGCGGGGCUGAUCAUUGUGCUUGCACUCUUCGUUUUUGGGGUGGGACUGGUGGCGGGAAAACGCGAUCCGAACACGCGUGAUGGCAAGCAGAUUUAG